AUGACGGAGACCGGCAUUUUGACAGACGAACAAAUAGACGAUCUUCUGUCACAGGCCGAGGUUCGUCUACGGGGAAAGUCACACUCUGCAAAUGAAGACGAGAUCAGUUUGGAGAUUGUCAAGCCAACAACGACAUCCAGGAAAUUAAUUCCCAAACUACACAGCAACCUUGUUCGAACGAAGUAUAUUAAUGACAAGCAGGGUGUCGCCGAGACCAAUGCCAAAGCGGUCCUUGAGCACCAGCAAAGCCUGCUGGCGGACGGACUCAAGUCCGUCGAAGCGCCUCACAAAUCCAAGAAAGUGAAUGACCAGACCAGUGCAGGUCCUGACUGGUUCGACAUGCCCAAGACAGACUUGACUCCUCAACUGAAGCGCGACCUCCAACUCAUCGAAAUGCGAUCAGUGCUCGAUCCGCACCGGCACUACAAGAAAAAUAACAGAAGAGGCAAAGUGCCCACGUUCUCGCAGACGGGGACUGUCAUUGAAGGGCCUACCGAGUUUUUCAGCGCAAGAAUCAACAAAAAGGAUCGAUCCAAGAACUUUGUCGAGGAAGCAAUGGCUACCGAGAGGGAGACUGGACGGUUUAAGCGAAAGUACAGCGAAAUUCAAGACACCAAAACAAGCGGCAAGAAGGCACACUACAAAAAGCUCAUGGCAAAGCGGAGGAAGAGACCCUGA